AUGGGCUUCUACGUGCUCGGCCUUGGGGCUACCGGCACCCUGAUAGCUUACCACCUCCGUGCGGCCCUGCCACCCUCCCAGUCCGUUACUCUGAUACACAAGUCGUUCAAAAACGCAUGGGUCGCGCACCAACGCUGCAAGGAUGUGCUAUCCGUGGAAACUGGUGGUGUCAUUCAAAAGUGUGGCGGGUUUCAGAUCGAAGUCCUUGAAAAACACGACAGACCUGGUGCCGGCGUUACUUUCAAUCCCAAUCUCACCAGAGACCAGACGCCGAACUACGUACCACCUGCGGAUGACGUCCACACAGAUCCCAUCACGGCCGUCUUCGUCGCCGCGAGGAUGUUGAAAACCACGAAUCUGCUCUCGCAGCUGCUUCCGAGGCUCAACCUGAGCAGCACAGUCGUGCUGCUCCAAAACGGAAUGGGCAUCUUCGAGGAGCUCGUCCAGCAGGUCUUCCGGAACCCAGAAACAAGACCGAACUUUAUUCUCGCGUCCAACACCAACGGCGCAUGGCUCAAGGGCACUGGCCACGUUGUCUGUGCCGAACACGGCACGCUGGAAUUUGGCAUCGUGUCUGACCCUCGAAAACGCGAUUUCGAAGCUUCCCUCAUUGCCGAAACGAAGCCAAAAUACGAGCGACAUCUCAGCCUCGACGAUAUCACGCGUCCGGGGGAUCCGUUAUAUAACCAGUACCGCGGUCUUCGAGAGACGGUCGCGGCGCUGAAUUCGUUGCAUGCGCUAGGAGCGAAGUGGUCUCCGAUAGCAGACGUGCAGAAUGCCAUGCGGAGGAAGCUCGUGGUCGAUGCCGUGAUCGAACCUCUCACAGCCCUCAUGGGUUGCCGAAACGGUGCGCUCUUCCGCGAUCGGGGCUCCGCAAACAUUCUGGAGAAUAUUUGCAAAGAAGCUUCCGAGCUGUUUCGCAGGCAACUAGAGAAAGAGACGGAAGCCUGGGAUCCGAGCCAAAUACCCGUCGGGAGAAUGCCACCCGAACUUGAGGCGGAACAUCUCUCAGAGGAAGUUCGGCAGGCUGCACGUCGCCGGGGAAAUAUUUCAACCAUGCUUUUUGAUAUCAUCCACAGCCGUCCGCCGGAAAUCCAGUAUCUUAAUGGGUAUUUGGUUGACCUUGGCAAACAACUCGGUAUCCCGACGCCAGUGAAUUCGACACUUUGCGAUAUGGUGUAUAUGCGUCGUUCGGUGCCAGAGAACCGAAGACUGUAACAUACAGCACUGAGAAGUAACUAUACGACCAGGUAACUUAAUGGGAAGGGCUAAGAGUACUUAACGUUGUCACUCAUAGCGGUGUCCACGCUGGAUAUACUACUUGUUACCUAAGGCGGUCCAUGAUUCCUGCAGCG